GUCUGAAAUUGUGUGCAUUCCAUUAUUAAUCCCUUGCCACUCUACAAAAGUGUUGUGAGCUUGGUCCGUUUUCUUGUAUCAUUUUUGACGAAAACCACUUUGCCAUUGAAUACCUUUUAUAUAUAUAACUUUCGUCCAUGUCUUUUACUCCAUCACAUCCUGAGCCAGGGGGAUUCAUACAGCCAUCUCUUUCCUCCCCGGCUCCUUCGACAUCCACUGCUACCCCAUCCAUUCUCCCCAGACCAAGACUGCACCCCCUCAAGGCAGGUUCAACAAAAGAAACCACUGUCAUCAACCAUAUUGACAAGACAAUCUUGAUCAUUAAUCGCCGACAUGCCAAGAAGUUCAGCAGCGCAUUUGAUGACCAGGCCCAGCAGGAGUCGGAAAGGGGAUAUGAGAGCUUCAAAGAAGUAGCCAAAGACAUCGAGGGCUUGGUGGAUAUUCUCUGGGUUACUGGGACCCCAUCUCUUCAAAUACCCUAUUUGAUCUCUUUGGCUGUGUAUAUUAACACAUACCUCCCUGAAUACCCAUUUUCUCCGAAGGCGACUUUUCGUCUACUUAAGAAGAUGGAUUCUGUAUUUGCAUCUCUCCUAACAGGGGAGGAUGCCGACUCUGGAGCCCCUCUUCCAGGCUUCGAAUCAAGACGAAAUGUCGUGUCUAUGACGGAGAAAGUCAGAAUCAAAAGUAUUGCCGAAACUUGCCGUGUAGCUGUCGUGGAGGCUAGAGAGCAAGUUGAUGGGCCUGACGAUGAAGAUGAAGAUGGCCUCAGUGAUGACGACGAUGAUAUGGAUGAUGUCUUCGGUACGGAUGACUAUCCAUCUCCAGGGAGAUGGGAGAUGGAGACCGCAAGAGUUUACGAGAAGACGAUUCAAUUACUCGGAGAUGAGUUGGGGAAGGCGGGAGAAUUCUGUGACACGAACUUGGCCCCAGGAGAUACUUGCCAGGCUGAGCCGAGUGAAUGAGGCAUUAUGAUUCUAACAAUACAAACGUGUACGGAAUGCCUUGUUGCCCGUCAAUGCAUCAGAACCAGUACUACCUCAUCUCUCCCAAUCAGGCCACCCGAAACAACAUUCGGCUCUGACUCCGUGAUUGGCAAUUCCAUAUUAUGGCAGAUGCAGUCUCCUUGUUGGAUGACAUGUAAGGAUUGAAGUCAUUAGGUGAUCUGCAGAGCUUUCUUUCUUCCUUCUUACUGCAGGCGAACAUCUAUGCGUUGGAUCUGAAGGUAGAAUUCUUUCACGUCUUUUUUUUUUAUCCGUCUAUACCCUACUGUACUAUCAAGACAUCAAAUCUGAACUUGCAAAGUAGUUUCUGCUUGUGAGUGGAAAAGCCUUAGCUGGGGCCAGUAGUCCAG